AUGCCACGCUCAGUUCCCCAAAUAAACCCCCCUUCGAGGGGUGAGCCCGAUGAAGCUCAAGGCGAUACCCAAACCUCCCGCACAGCUCCCCCCUCACCAACCGCUCACCGCCGCCGAAGCUACCUCUCCGAAGAGCAUACGGGCUACCAGUCGCUGGAUUCUCAUCUCGAGAUCACCGAGGCUACCAGUCUCCUAGGAUCGGUAGACAACCCACAACGCCGAAUGCCGCGACGUUCAUAUACGAGUAUCUCAGGGACAUCGGGUCCGGAUUCGCUACGAUACCUAUUGGGUGCGGGGAACUUGCGCCGUAGAGGCAACCACAGCCGGGCGAAUUCCAUGAGGAGACGAUUCAGUCGCCGGAGCAGCUUUGUGGGCGAGGAGGAAGUUCAGGAAGAGGGCGAGGACCGCCAGGACCGCCCGGCCAGUUUACCGCCAUCGACUAAGAACGGUCUAACGGCUUCAUCGUUUCUGGACGAACGCACCUGGUACGAUCAGUUCACUUCGACAGAUUGGGUGCAUGACAGCAUUGCUGAUGCAGCUCGUCUGCGUCAGUUGCGGCGCCGGAAGGAUGUCCGCGGCCGGUUACUGUCGUGGUUCGAUGGUGCGCAGGGCUGGAUUCUCGUGGCCUUAACUGGCUGCAUUACGGCGGCGAUCGCCUAUUUCGUGGAUGUUUCGGAGGAUAAAAUGUUUGAUGCGAAGUUUGGGUUCUGCACUACUCGUUGGUUUACCAGUCGAAGUAAAUGCUGUGCGGGAGUGUCAGAUUGUGACGCUUGGCACACAUGGGCGCAGAUCUUUAGGCCCUCGAAGACCGAUGAUCAGUGGGUGGAUUUUGUCAUGUUUGUUGGAUGGGUGGUUGUUCUCGCGAUGAUCUCGUGCGGUCUCACUCUGCUCACAAAGACAGUCGUUCCAUCUUCUGUUUCCCUGUCCACCCUCGACGAAAAUCUUGGGGCCGAGGGCCAUUUUAGCGCUGCUGGUUUUGGAUCACCACAAUCGGUGACAAGCCCCCAUGGAACUUUUCCCAAUGCUCCCCCACGCCCGGCAAUGGUCUAUUAUUCGGCUGCUGGUAGUGGAGUGGCUGAGGUCAAGGUGAUCAACAGUGGUUUCGUGCUUCACGGAUACCUCGGUUUGAAAACUUUGGUCGUCAAAACUAUUGCUCUGAUCUUUAGUGUUUCGUCUGGACUAAGUCUAGGAAAAGAGGGACCUUACGUCCAUAUUGCCACUUGCGUAGGCAAUAUUGCUUGUCGAUUGUUUGCCAAGUACAACCAGAAUGACGGCAAAAGACGAGAAGUGCUAAGUGCUAGUGCAGCUAGCGGUGUGGCUGUUGCCUUUGGUGCGCCCAUCGGCGGUGUUCUCUUUAGUUUGGAAGAAGUCAGCUACUACUUCCCACCGAAGACGCUUUUCCGAACCUUCUUCUGCUGUAUCGCAGCGACUCUAUCCCUGAAGUUCCUCAAUCCUUAUGGCACAGGGAAGGUCGUUCUAUUUGAAGUGAGAUAUCUCUCAGAUUGGGAGAUGUUUGAGCUUUUUAUCUUCAUCUUCCUUGGUAUACUCGGUGGUGCAGCCGGUGCACUAUUUAUCAAAGCGUCCAGUUAUUGGGCCCGCUCUUUCCGUCGAAUCCCCGCAAUCAAGCGCUGGCCGAUGUUAGAAGUCUUUCUAGUGGCAAUUCUAACCGGUUUGGUCAGCUUUUGGAAUCGGUAUACCAAAUUGCCCGUCACUGAACUUUUGUUGGAGCUCACCAGUCCAUGUGAACGAGUCUCCAAAGAUGGGACGGGAUUAUGUCCUCCUGAGGAGCAUAUACUGGAAACUAUCCAGUAUCUUCUCGUUGCAUUCGUCAUUAAGAGCUUUUUGACCGUUGUCACCUUUGGCAUAAAGGUACCUGCUGGUAUAUACGUUCCUUCCAUGGUGGUUGGUGGUCUCAUGGGCCGAAUUGUUGGUCAUGUCGUCCAAUACUGGGUUGCGAAAAACCCAACCUUUUUCAUGUUCAACUCAUGUCCAGCUAUCCCUGGCAUGGAAUCGUGUGUGACUCCGGGCGUUUAUGCAUUGGUCGCUGCAGGUGCUACCAUGUGCGGAGUAACUCGCCUUUCGGUGACAUUGGCUGUGAUUCUAUUUGAACUGACCGGAAGUUUAAAUCACGUACUUCCUUUCUCCCUCGCAGUACUUUGUGCUAAGUGGACAGCUGAUGCGAUCGAGCCACGCAGCAUUUAUGACUUCCUUACCGACAUGAACGCAUAUCCAUUCCUCGACAGCAAACUGCAACCACUCACUGACGCUGAGCUGGGUGAUAUCGUCCGGCCUGCGCGCAAAGACCGCAUCAUCGAUAUCUCAAACUCGCCCUUCGUCGCCGCAUCGGAGCUCCGUUUGAAACUCGAGCACCUUUUGAUGGCCGGUGAGCUGGAUAGCGGCCUGCCAAUUUUGUGUCAUGGUGUCUUGUCAGGGUUGAUUCCGGCUCCGGACCUGGAGUUUGCACUUGACACCCUUGAAGACGAAGACAACACACGUUGUCUGAUGGCAAUGGACGCUUCUAGCGCUGUUUCUGACAGCGACGACGAAGAUACCUUGCAGGAAGAUUUCACGCGUUACAUCGAUCCCGCUCCAAUUGCCUUGGAUGUGCACUCUCCCAUUGAUUUGGUAUACCAGUGCUUUGCCAAGCUAGGCUUGCGGUAUCUAUGUGUACUCCAGGAUGGCCACUAUGCCGGCCUUGUACACAAGAAGGCAUUCGUGAAAUUCAUUAAAGAGAACGAGUAG